AUGUACAACGAAUUUCAAAUAAAAACCGGUUUAAAAAAACAAGAAGAAACACCGUUGGGAGUUAAUCAAUGGACGGAAGAUUACAAAUUGUUGGAAUGGGGUCCAAGAGGAUUAUUUCCAGAAUAUUUAGAAAUGAUAAUCCAAUAUGGAUUUGUAACGAUUUUUGUCGCCGCCUUUCCUCUCGCACCUUUAUUCGCUCUUUUGAAUAAUAUUUUAGAAAUGCGUUUGGACGGUCAAAAGUUUUUGAAAUACUACAGGAGGCCGGUGCCGAGAAGAGUUAAAAAUAUUGGAGUUUGGUAUACGAUUCUGGAUGUCCUUAAUAGAAUAUCCGUAAUAACGAACGUGAGUCUUCGGAUGGAUUUGCAUUUACGCAUUUUUUAUUACUUUGACCUUUGA